AUGAUAAGACAAGCACUUCUCUACCUUUUCAUAGUUCAUUAUGUAAUAGGUCAGACAUAUAAUACUUGCAAGGUAACACCACCAUCCUUUGGGUAUUCAAUCACAAAGUACUACAGGGAUCAAUGUGUCCACUGUAAGAGUAUAUCCCCAAAGAUACAGAAAAUAGUAGAUUCAAUGGAAAGGAAGCAGAUAGACAUAAAUCUGUACAAUGUUGAUACAGCCGCAUGCUAUAAUGAAACAGAAGAAAUAGACGUAAUCCCAACUAUAAUUGUGCAUAAAGAUGGAAAACAACUUCUGAAGUUCUCUGGGGACCUGGCAUACGACAAGAUAGUUGAUCUAUUCGUGAGCAAGACAGGCCUUAAUAAGAAUAUCUUUGAGAAGGAAGUGCCUGCCCCAACUGAAAUACUCUCCCUGACUAAAAAUGACUUUUUGUCUUCAUUCAAUGGCCCAUGGAUUGUAUACUUUGAUAAUGGAUACGACCAUUUAGUUGAAAAUAUUCUAUUAGAGACAUAUAAGUCAUUCAAUACGGAAAUAAAGAUAGCAAAGUACGUGGGAGCAGAUAAGGAGAUAGUUGCAGGGAGGUAUUACAUAUAUGACUUCCCAGGGAUUCUUGUCAUGUACGAUGGGAUUCUUAUGCGGUACAACGGGAAUAUGACCUUGCCUGCAUUCCAUGAAUUCUGCUCAAAGCUUGUAGAACCUAGUUUCAAGGAUAUCACAGCAGACAAACUCAGUAAUAUAGUAGAACCAACCUUUGUCGUAUUCUACUCUGAUGUUGUCUUGGCAAACAGGGCAUUCAGGCGGAUUGCACACGACUUAAAGAUGAAUGCAACCACGUACAAAAUGAAGAUAGAAACAACAGAGAGUGAUCCAAUCCUUAGACUGGCAGUCUUCAAGAAUGGAAACAAAUUCUACUACGAUGGAGAUAUAAACAAUGAAGGAGACAUUAGGGAGUGGUUAUUCCAUGCUCAUUUCCCAAAUACAUCUAAGCUAGGAAUGGAUAAUUUCUAUUCAAUAUUCCAUGGUCUGAAGCCUGUAGUAAGCAUUAUCACAGACAGUGGAAAUCCAGAACUUGAAGACUUUGAGGAAAUUGCAUUAGAAAAUAACAGAGGAACCUCUUCUUCCCCGUAUGUCUUUACUUUUGUCGAUAAAACAGAAUACCCGAAAUUCACAGAGACCAACUUUGGCAACUUGGAUUCAUCCUCAAUAAUUGUUUUCUUUGACCCACAGAAGCAAAUCUUCUACGGCCGCAAGAGAAAUCCAAAAGAAUCCAUCCGGGCAUACUUUGACACACAGUUAGCACAGUACAAAGAUGGUGUCCUACCGAAAUAUACCAAGCACAAGCCAGGUUCAUACAAGCUUGCUGCCUUCGGAGUGUGUGGUCUAGCAGCCCUUGGUGGAGGACUAAGGUAUCUUAUGUCUAGAAAGAACAAAGCUGCUUUAGAAUAA